AAACGUAAACAAGCUAGUAGUAAAUUCUCUUAGUUUAAAUGAAAAAAAUUAAAUUAUAGUAAUUUAGGAUUUAAAUGCCAUGGAAAUAAAUAAAAUUUUUCAAAAAAUUUUUGGGGAACAAAUUUUUGAAGGCUCAUUAGGUGAUAAUGUCGAAGAAAAAAGAUUAUUAGACUCUGUAUUUCCAGAGCAAAUUGGACAUAUAAAUUAUUGGUUAGAUGCUAAACUACAACAAAUAGAAGAACAAACAAAUAAUAUUCAACGACCAAAUAAAAUUGGACCUGAAAAAGUUGUUUUUGACAUACAAGAAUUUCGAGAAAAUGUAGUUCAAGUAUGUUCUGAUAGACUUACUUUAAAGUCUCAUGGGACCUUUAAUACUGUAAAAGCAAACGCAUGUGUUUAUGGAGGAAAAUGGAUGUAUGAGAUACAACUUCAUACUAAGGGAGUAAUGCAAAUUGGUUGGUGCUCAAACAAAUGUACUUUUACAGCAGAUACAGGUGUUGGUGAUACAAAAUUGAGUUAUGGCUUCGACGGUAGUAAGCAACAAAUUUGGCACGUUCAUACUUCAAAAUAUGGGGAGAAAUGGCAGUCUGGAGAUAUAUUAGGUAUUUGUUUGGAUGUUGACGACGAAACUAUAGAAUACUAUCGUAACGGGGUUUCUAUGGGAGUUGCCUUUAAGACAAUUGAAAAAGGACCUGGUAUAGCACUUUAUCCGGCUGUGUCAUUAGCAUUUAAUGAAGCUUUACGCGCCAAUUUUGGUAGUUCUCCUUUCCGAUAUCCUGUUAAAGACUUUAAUCCACUGCAACUUAAACCAAUCAUUGAGUUACAAAAGUCAGAUUUGUUAUUGGGAUAUAUAGUUAAUUUAGCUGGAAUAUUAUCUAGUUCCAAAUACCGAAAAGAUAAGCUAGACAUAACGAGAAAGUCUUACAGAGAAGGUAGUAAAACUGAGAAUAAGAAAACUGGUUACAUUUUAAUAUCGUCAUUGUUAGUUGAAAAACUAUCAGUAGUUCUUCUGGAUUCAUAUGUCAUAGAAGAAAAAUUUAUGUUAUAUGUGAUGAAUUUAUGUGUUUUAAGGAGUGAUUCAGAAAAGGAUACAGUUAUUUUACCUGGUAGUGUUGAAAGUACGUUAGGAACAUUGUUGUCAUUAUUUUGGAGCUACAUGGAAGCAGAAGAAAUUCAAUAUUUACUUAAAAAUUUGUUAAAUAUUUUAUGGAACAUGUUUUCGCAAACACCAAAGGACUUAGAAUAUGAAAGACAGAGAAAAGUAAUAGUUAUAUUAACAUGUCUUUGCAAUCAUCCACAGACAAGAAAAUUUUAUAUAAACACAAAAUUCUUCAAAAAAAACUGUCUUCCUAUGUUCAUGUACUUAAAACCACCCGAAUAUUCGGUUAUGGUAAAGUUGUUACCAGAUGAAGUAGUUUGGACUGAAGGAAUCGGAGGAGCAUUUAGCGAUUACACCGCCAUUUGCGAUAAAUUGAAAAAAUCUGUUGAAAUUCUGUAUGGAUUACAAAAGAAUUUGCUAAAAAUACUAUUGACAAAUGAAGAUGGCACCAACAAUUCGCCUUCAAGUCGGAAAUCUUUUAUUGUAAAACUAAGAAAAUAUGUUAUGGAAAAUAGUAUAGAGCAAAGAGCAAUAUUUUUGUUGCAAGGAAAUUCGGUAAACUUGAUAGAAUCACCUGUAGCUCUAUCGUUCUUAUGUAUACUCGUUGAUACAACCAGAAGUUUAUUCGAAAAAGAGUUAGGCGAUGUAGAUAUUUUCAUUGAUUCAAAACAUUUUUAUGAUGGCUCAUUUCGUUAUCAACACUUUGAUAGAGUUGGAGGAGUUCUAUCACACUUGAAGAAGGUUCAUCGUUCUCAAAUCCUACAACAAUUAGGAGAAAAUGGUGAAAAUAUUCUGAGUGCUGUAGAAGACAGGGAUCUAAUACGUAUUGACGGCAUUGAAGUUUAUUCACCUCCAAUCGUACUUAUUAGAAAUUCUUCUGAAUUGUCUACUUUUUUAGGGAGAGCUCAGGGAGAAAGACGAGAAUCAGAUAUUAUUCAGUAUGGAGAUGCAGACUCAAGACAAUCUUUAAGUGAAUUACUUGAUUUGUCUAUAAUAUAUUAUUAUGCUGUUGGGCAUAAACAUAUAGUUAAGAUUGCAUCGAUUCGAGAUGAAAUAGCUAAUUUAACAGAUGUACUAUUAGAGACAAAAAGGUGCCGGGAAGAUAUAGAAGAGAAUGUUCAAGCUUUGAGUAACGUGGCUGGAAAUGGUUUCAAUACUGUGCAGAAUGAAAUUUUAAAUGAGUUAAAAGGAAAAUUUGGACAAAGGAGUAGUGUUUUUGCAAAGCGAUCAAUUGAGCUAGGUAGGAAACAGGCGUGGUAUAGAUCAGUGGCGCUUGGAGAAUAUCGAAGAGAAAUAUUAAUUUGGUUAUUAGAUAAAACUCUCAAAACAUUGAAGUGCUCUUCGGAAACUGGGCCACUUUUUUCAUUCGUACCUGAAGUCUACAUAAAUAUCUUGCCAAUUCUUUUAGAUACAAUUUUAGAUUUUAGUUUUCAUGAUAUUAGCAUGCAAUUUGACGUUUCAGAUGCUGAAAGUGUUGUCCAAAUAGCGUCAGAAUUUUUAGGAUUACAUGCGGCAGACCCUAGAAUAAUUUUAGCUUCAUGUAAAGAUUCCUUAUUGCAAGCGCUUGGUACAUUAACAUGUCAUGAAGCUGGAAUAAAAGCAAUGGAAAAAAAUUCUUCUGCAAGUCAAUUGUCGCUAGUAAUGGCUCUUUUGCGGCCAUACGAAAAUCGUGCAUGGGGACAAAGCAACUGGCUACUGCUGAGAUUUUGGUUAGGUGACGAUCAUGCAUUCGCAUACAAAGAAUCCAGAAUGCCAAGUGUUUGGCAAGGUGGAAAAGAAUUACCCACUUUAGGACUAUAUCGGACUCGAAACAGAAAUGAAACCCAUACUGGAUUGCUACACCAUAUUGCUCCAGCGUGUCCUUCGAGACACUUUCAAACCUUAAUAGGCAAAUACUUGACUGAUGAUGAGCCAUUCGCUACAAGCUUUAUGAAUUCUGUUUUGUCGCAACUUAAUUGGGCUUUUUCGGAAUUUAUAUUAUUACUACAAGAAAUCCAGAAUACAUCCAAUCGACAAGAAGGUCAAGAACUUGUAUUUGAACCAAGGCAGUUAAAAAUAUGUUCAAUGUGCUUUGAAUUGACAGUUUCAUUGAUGCGAUCUUUGGAAAUGGUAAUUCGGGUUGCACCAAGUAUAUUUCAUGACCCUAAUCGCGCUAAUAGUGACUUAAUAUUAAAUAGAGUUGCACAAUUAAUAAGCCAAGUAUUAUCUAGAGUUACAGUUCCGCCGGGAUGUUUUCAACAUGUUAUAGAUUUAUGCUUACCAGAUUUGAGUUCUGUGUCACAUUUUGCAAUUAUAUCCGCAGCUCUUGGAAUAUUAUUAGCGUUGCUUAAAGAAGAAAUAGAAAUUAGAACGUUACCAGAUAAAAUAACUCGUGUUAGCAGAGCCUUAUUGACUGAUCCCAGUUUUCAAAUAGCUCACUUAGAAUAUACAUUGGGUGAAGUGAAAACCCCAAUACUUUACCAGGUAGAAAUACCGAGGGGUAAUUUUGACCCAAAAACACGUGCCCACAUUGAUCCUUUAACAAACGACGUUCGUGUACAAAUGCCAACUACAUCAAAAAAAAUUAGAUCUGAUCCACCGAUAUUAAAAUUUUCAUUAAAUGACUAUCCUUCACACGUAACAAAUGAAGAAAUAAAUGCCGUCAAAAGAUUGGUGGAAACACUUUCAUCGAAACAAUCUUUGUUGUCUGACAUCACAUUACCCUCUGAAGACUCGCUAUGUCCCAUAUGUUGUGCUAAGCCUGUAUCAGUUACAUUUACACCAUGCUUACACCAAUCAUGCAGAAAUUGUAUUCUUCAACAUCUAAUGAAUAGUAAAGUGUGUUUUUAUUGUAAAACUCUAAUAAAAGAUGUUAAAAAGAGUGACGGUACAGUCAUAUUUAUGAAUGCUAAUUACAUCAAUAUACCGGAAGAUGUUUAGAGAACUAACCCGAAAGCUUUUUCGAUUCGCAACAUCUUUUGAAUUGGCAACUUAUAUUUGAUUAUCUGUUGAAAAAGAGUAGGAAAAACAUCACAUAUAUAAUUUUUCGGAUAUCUCUCAAAUUGCCUUGAAUGUAAAAUUAUAUUAAAUUUAAAAGUUUUUAAGGAAAAAAUGAUUAAACUUGAUGUUAUACUUAAUAGCGAAUUAUGAAAAAUUUAAAUUUUUAAAUUUUAAGACGUAUUUCAGACCUUUUACAUUUUUUGAGAUAUUUUUCAAUGCUCAAAAUUUUUUUGUUGAAGUAAAUUAAAAAAAGACAAGCACAUUAUUAUAUUAUUUUGUAAGAAUAUAUUACACUGCCCUUAAAUUAAUUUUUCGUAAUAUUAGAUUUUAUAAAAAAAAUGUAAAUUUACGUACAUUCAUGUUAUGUACAAAUAUAUAUUGCUCACUGUUGGCUUGAGAUUUUGGAUACUCAAAAUGAUAAUCAAUGAGAAAUUUAUUAUUAUAUAACUCGUUUAUAAUUAACUGUAUUGUUAUAUAAACUUUGUUCCUGUUUAGAUAAUUUUUUAGCUGAAACAAAUUUUAAUUAUUUGUUUACAAUUUUGUGAUAAAAUCAAGCAUUUAAAAUGAAAGUGUUUUCUUUAAAAAUUAAAAGUUAGUCACCUUAAGUAAAGCUCUCAUCUUAAUUUAGU